AUGGAUGUCAAACCUACAGCGACAACGCGGUCGCGCCGCCGCAAGAUGCUCUGCAUCGUCCUCCCCCUCGUCAUCGUCAUUGUCCUCGCCCUCGCCCUCGGCUUAGGACUAGGCCUUGGCCUCAACAACGGCAACGACGACAACGACAAUGACAACAACAACAAUGGCGGCACGCCUCUCCCCUCCCCCAACAACACCAUCACCUGGACCCCCUCCGUCGCUUCAACCUGGCAAAUCAUCCUCUCGCACCCACCCGACAUCUCCUCCAACACCGCCCUAACCCCCAACGUAAGCAUCUACGACAUUGACCUCUUCGACACGCCUAAAUCUACUAUCGACGCGCUGCGCUCCCAGGGCAUCCGCGUGCUAUGCUACUUCAGCGCGGGGAGCUACGAGAACUGGCGUUCGGACGCCAAGGAUUUCAAAGAUGCGGAUCUGGGUAAGCCGCUAGAUGGGUGGCCCGGCGAAAAAUGGAUCGAUCUCAAAAGCGAGAAUGUGCGCAACAUCAUGAAGACGCGGGUGCAGUUGGCCAAAGACAAAGGAUGUGACGGUGUAGACCCAGAUAAUGUGGAUGGUUAUCAAAACGACAAUGGCCUCGGCCUCACGUCCGCAGACUCGAUAUCCUUUAUGCAAUACCUCUCCAACAUCACCGCCCCGCUCAACCUCGCCCUCGGCCUCAAAAACGCCGGCGACAUCAUCCCCACCGUCCUGCCCAUUGUCCACUUCUCGGUCAACGAAGAAUGCGUCAAGUACAGCGAAUGCGCUAAAUUCGCCCCCUUCAUCGACGCAGGGAAACCUGUGUUUCACAUCGAGUAUCCGGAUGGCGCGGGUGCCACGCAGGGAUUACGCACAAACGUGGUGAGCGAUUACUGUGCGAAGAGCGGCAAGGGGGCGGGUAGCGACAAGUUUAGCACCGUGCUCAAGAAGAUGGAACUUGAUGGCUGGGUCGAGUAUUGCGAUGGCUCUGUCAACGUUACCGAUGUCAAUGAGGCGGUUGGUGGCGGCCGGAACAAUAAUAGUAAUUCGAGCUAA